AUGGGCCACCUGCGGGGCGGGAUGCGCUGCAUCAAGUUCCUGCUCUUCGCCUUCAACUUCGUCUUCUGGCUGGCAGGGUUGGCUGUCAUUGCCUUUGGACUAUGGCUGCGAUUUGGUGGGGUCCUGGGAGACUUAACUUCGGAGGAAAAAUCCCCAGAGUACUUCUACAUGGGGCUGUAUGUGCUCGUGGGAGCAGGGGCGUUGAUGAUGACAGUUGGAUUUUUUGGGUGCUGUGGAGCAGUGCGGGAGUCUCAGUGCCUGCUUGGAGCGUUUUUUGCCUGCUUGCUGGUGAUAUUUGCUGCUGAAGUCACUGCUGGAGUGUUUGCAUUUAUAGGCAAAAAAGCGGCAGUACAGGAGGUCCAGACCAUCUAUAAAGAAGCUUAUGAUGACUAUGUGAUGGACAUGGGGAAGAGCAACAAAACUCUCAUUCAGUUCCACACAGCUCUUCAGUGCUGUGGUAAAGAAAGUGAGAUUCAGGUGAAGCCCACCUGUCCAGAGGGCAUCCAGAUGCCCAAGAACUGCCUGGAUGAAAUCCAGAAUUUAAUUAACUCUAAUCUGCAGUUAGUUGGAAUCGUUGGAAUUGGAAUUGCUGGCAUCACAAUCUUUGGCAUGAUAUUCAGCAUGGUUCUCUGCUGUGCUAUCCGCAAUACAAGAGACAUGCUCUAAAACUCACUGCACCAUUUCUAUGCUCCGGGACUUCCAGACUAAACUUUACAAGAUGCAUUCUCUGAGUUUAAUAAUUGUAA